UCUGGGUGGGGAGAUUUCACAAAUGCCAAAAGUAGAUGAGGAGAAAAUUUGGUCCGUCCAGACCAUCUGAGGUGUCACAUCGACGCAGGACUGCGGGUUUCCCGUGACCACCUCAACUAACUUGGAUGUUGAAAAUCUCCAAAUAAGAUGAACACAAGCUCCACUCCUCACAAUGCCGCCGACUGUCCGACCAAGUGCGGCUCCGAGAAGGACAUCACGCAGGUCAAAGGCUGCAACGAGAGACUCUAUCCGGCCACAACGAACAAAGAGGAAGCCGGACGGCAAUCAGACCGCACAACCUCCACCUCCGGCCCGACCUCCUGCUCUCAUCGACGCCGUUGGUCCACCGAUUGUUGCCACAGCAACGGCUCACCUAUCAUUACCCUCAAGAAAAACACCAAGGAGCCGCAGCCUCCCCAGCGGGGGGUCUCCCUUCUUCGCUGCCGAUCUCAUUGUCCCGGACAACGUUACUCCAGUCCGAUUACCGGGAUCGGCUCCGCUACUCAUCUGCCGACAUCCGCAUCGUCAUCUCCUGUUCGGACGUCCGUCAUAACAGGACAUGACCCGCUCGGUUGGAAGCUCCGCCCCAAAUCCAGCAUCUCCUCCAAACGGGCUCACACUCAUCGGCUGUCCCUUCAGAUACCGCUGCCCGUUAUCGUUCCCGAUCCCGUUCUAUCUGACAAAUCUCCACCUUACCCCGUACAGAAAACUCCUCCCCGCUUCAAAGGUAAACAGUUCCGUCGCCACCACUCGGAUUCCUUAGCCUUCCUCAGAUCCACGCCCGCGGUGACCCUCGAGGAGCUCCGUGAGGUGCGGCUCCGCCCCGCCCAAGUCGACGACGUCUUAUCUGAAGCGCACGGCGAAGAGAAGGCGAGCCCGCGUAAAACGCCACCGGCCGUUCCGGAAAAAAGUCCUUUGACAAGAAAAAUAGCGCAACUCAUCGCUCAUUCGUGGCAGCGCCCAACGUGUGCCCCCCAUAAAACGGAGCAAGAGGAAAUUAUUUACAGUGUGAUAAAGCCAAAAGCAAAAACACAACAGGCUGAGAACCACUGCGGCCUUUAUGCGAAAAUAAAUGAGAUGCACUUAAAAAGCGAUGAAUAAACACGAUCCAUUUACCGGCCUGCUUCUGAUUUCCAAACUUUUUUUUCCCCUCAUAUGGAAAAAAGUAAAGGGAUGGAACCAAGAACUGGUAAAAACUAUUUAACUUUAAGCCAGACAUAUUAUUCAAUUUUUUUUCCCCAUCGAUUCAAAAAGAAUUAUAGAGACUGGAUGGAAUCAGGUUUUGAGUGGGUGGUUCUAUAUUCUGCAAAUGAGAAAUGAGUUUGCUCGCGCCCAGCACUCCUACGCGUUUGCAAGUUACCUGGACGCCAAAGAUUCAAGUUCAAAUAUGUGCCGGUUUUCAGGAGCUAAAGCUAGGUCAUGCUAAUCUGCGCAUCCAACACUGCAGCUCCGCUUAGCGUUUAGCUUUGAACAAGGUCGCGUUUCCGUGCAGCCAGGCCGUCGCAAAAAGAUGGAGGUGCUCCGUUUCAUUUCACUUUUGAUAGACAGGUGAGCAUUUGGAGAUCCGACGCUUUUCGUACAAACAGUUCAAAGGUUUCCGUUAUAUGUCCCCUUUCAAGGUGGUAUUUAUUUCUUAUUUUUUAAACUUUUUUGUUUUAUCCAUGCUAUGUCUGUUCUUACACCCUUGGUCCCUUCUGUAAAAAGCCAGAGCAUUUUGUGCAAGAUUAUUGCUUUUUUUGUUUUUUUUUUGUUUUACAUUGAUUGCUGGUUGUAAUGAUUUGCCAUUGAAAUA